AUGGGCAAGAUACUCUUUUUUGAGGAUGGAGACUUUCAGGGCAAAUCUCAUGAAGUUUACUCAGACUCCCGUGAUCUUUCCUAUUACUUCAGCCGUUGCAAUUCCAUAAGGAUCCCUGUAGGAAACUGGAUGUUAUAUGAAUUUCCUAACUUCCAGGGAAACCAGUAUUACCUUCGUAAAGGAGAAUAUGCUGAUUUUAAACACUGGAAGGGAUUUAAUGACACUAUCAGAUCCUCUCAGCUAAUUCCUGAGCAUCAGGGAUCAUUUAGGAUCAGGAUUUACGAAAGAGAAGAUUUCCGGGGUCAGAUGAGAGAGUUCACUGAAGACUGCCCUCAUGUAUUUGAUGACUUCCAAUAUAAUGAUAUAUAUUCUUGCAACGUGUUUGAGGGUUACUGGAUUUUUUAUGAAGAGCCAAACUACAGAGGACGUCAGUAUUACCUGAGACCUGGAGAGUACAGGAGAUAUAACGACUGGGGAGCUGAAAAUCCUAAAGUUGGUUCCUUCAUAUGUGUUAAACCAUAUUACCAUUAA